UAUCUUGCAAAUUAAAGAAUCUUUCAUUUUAAGUGCCGUACUUCAUCGUAGGUUGUCGUAAAUCUGUCUGCAGCAUUCUAGACCUGGCAAGAUGUCCUCUGGCAAUGUUCACACACCCUACAUGGACGAAAUCUGCCCAGGGCUUUUCCUUGGAUGCCGAGCGGCAGUGACAUCUGAAGAGGGCAGACAGGCGCUGGCUGAGCAUGCUGUCACCCACGUCCUCUCUGUGGAAGGGGACAGGCCCAAGUUAGGUUCGCUGGACUUGAAGCAUAAGUUUGUUCGUGUCAACGACAUGCCAGACGUGGACAUUAUGAAGCAUUUUGAGGAGUGUUUUAGUUUCAUUGACGAGGCCCUUACAAGUGGGAAGGUCAUUGUACAUUGUCUGAUGGGUGUCUCCAGGAGUUCAACCAUAGUGAUCGCCUACCUGAUGCACAGAGACAAGAUAACAUUCAGAGAGGCGUAUGACAUCGUCAGGGAGCAGCACCCAAUGGCUGAGCCCAACUAUGGCUUCAUGGACUUACUGCACCUGUUUGAGGCCAUGGGAUGCCAGUUUUCAUCCACUAAUCGGCUGUACAGGCAGCACAGACUAGGACAGAUGGCUGAAAGCAUUCAAGCUGGCCAGGAGGUGCCGAAGGAAGUCAUCGCAGCUGACCCUCUGGAGAGGGCCAGUGAUCAAACGGAGAUCACCUACAAAUGCAGGAGGUGCAGACGUGCCAUUUUCCUUGACUUGAGCGUGCUUUCACACAUCACCGGUGAGGGCCAAAGAAGCUUUCAGUGGCACAAACAAUCCCACCCUCUCUCUCAGGGAGUGAGCUCACCCCCGUCUGACACAAUGGACCCGUCUGCAUCCUGCACCUCCCUGUUUGUUGAGCCAGUGAAGUGGAUGGAACCACUCAUGAUCGGGAGGUUAGAUGGGAAGCUGUCAUGCCCUAAGUGUAAUGCCAGACUGGGUUCCUUCAACUGGUCAGGUCUUCGGUGUUCAUGUGGUGCUUGGGUGACCCCAGCCUUUCAGAUUCAUCGAAAUCGAGUGGACAAAGUGGCACACCAGCAGCAAACGACACCACAAACCAGUUAGCUUCGACUGUAAUUGUUAAAUGGUGAGCUACAGUAACACGCUUUUUUUUUUUUUUGACUUUUGAACAUCUAGUCGCAGGCACAUCUCGAGAUUUAUGACUUUUUCUCAAAAUAUGUUUUCCAGUGUCUACAACCAGCUGCUUGCUCAGGCCCCAAGUAGGCUUCAUGUCCAAUGAAAAUACUCAAAUGAUGUGGCCGAAAGAGGAACUUGUGUGAAAAAAUCAUCGGCAUUGAAACCUGUGACUUUAUCCAGCCCUGUAGUAGGCUUUUGUGUUUUCAGUGUUCAACACAAAAAGUAAAGAUAUGCACCCACGUCAGCAUCCAAUAAUGCUCACUACUUUUAUUCAGUUUCCUUAUCUUAAUUUGAAACAAUGUAAGUGUUACCCUUUUGUCAUGGAAUCACAUUGAGUACUAAUCAACUGUUAUCCACAAAAUAACCUGUCUUGGAGUCUUCACUGGGAAGAGAUUUGUCAUUUAAUCACAAGUAAAAAGUCUGGGCACUGAUUUUUUUUAUACUCGAUUUUCCUUUUUUGAACUGUUGCUUUUUGGUUUAACUGAUCAGGUCUAACGAAACAUGUUCAUACUUCAUUCUUUGUUAACUCAUCUAUGCAGAUGGCGUAGCUAGAAUUUACUAGUGGGAGAGGACAAGGGGGCACCAGCAUCUUAUGGGGGGGGGGACAGCUCUUAUUGGUGUGGUUUUUUUGUGGGCAACUUUUUGUUAGCCCUGUUCAGUAUCCAUUCAACCCUUUUUUUGUGGGGGCAGGGGGGCACACUGGGAAUUUGUGGGGGGGGGCAUGUGCCCCCAAGGCCCCCCAGUGGCUAUGCUACUGAUCACCCGAGGUGUUUGGAUUAGUUCUACAGUUUCCAAAUAAAAGAUUUCUGAUAAAUCUUAUUUUGUGAGCAACAUGAGGAAGAGGGAUUUCUUUCCUCCAGUAAGGGAGCAACUUGGUAUUAUUCAUAAGUAAUCAAUUUGAAAUGCUUAUUGAAAUUUGAAAAUUUCAAUUGAAAUUUCACGUUUCCCCUGUAAACGUUAGUGAAAAUUAAUCACCUGUUCACCUAAUUACCAUCUACUCUUACUACAGAUAUGUUUAAUUCUUAUUCAUAGUCUUCACUGGUCAUGAAGGAAAACGUUUUUCAAGUCCUUCGAAAUCUGGUCCAUAGUCCGUGGUCAUGCAUCAUUAUGUAAUCAAUUCCGAGGUCCUUCGGGACAAAGUGACUUUUUCUUCAUAAAUUUCUGGAGGAAAUGUUCUGGAAAUAACCUGACCGCUGCAACAAAACUGUCAUUAACACUAGCCAAAACACACUACAUGUAUGUUGUAAUUGGCGAGCGGCAUUAGAGGCCACCCAUUGCUGUGGCACCACACUCGUGGACAGGUGGUCUGGGUGCACCUUACAUGUUUCUUCGACCCUGCCAAAUGAGCGCGCAUGAUGCUGCCGCAGUAAUGCCGUCUCCUAUCCUGAAAUUAGUGUAUAUGCGCAGAGCCCGUUACUUUACUCUGGUUAUGCACCGGCUAUCUGCGAUUACUGAAUAAAGUUUGCAAGUAGCUUA